AUGGCAGAGAACAACAGAAGGUCGCCUGUUACUAUCAACGAAUUGGUACAGCUGGAAAAUUUGGGCAUACCUCAAGACCAGGUGACAUGGUCACGAGUAACUAUGGUUUCUGACCAAUGGAUUGCAGUUCGCCAUGACAAUGGGGAGAAGCAUGCAACUGUAACAGUCUUGAAUCCAAGAGAAGGUACCAAACUCUAUGCAGGUACAACUUCUGCUGAUUCUCUCUUAAUGAAUCCAUCCCACCCUAUCAUUGCGCUAAAAGCAAGUUUACGAUUUGAGGUAUUCAACUUUGGUGCUAAAAUGCUGGUUAGCAAGAUGGACAUGGUUGACAGGGUCACCUAUUGGACGUGGGUCAACUCUGAUAUCAUUGCUAUUGUAACUGAUAGUGCAGUCUUUCACUGGGACCUUUGGCAAGGAGAUUCUCCACCUGAAUGUGUAUUCAACCGACAUAAUCGUUUGACCUUUAGUGAGAUUGUCAGUUAUAAAGCUGAUCGAAGUCUCAAGUGGUUGGCCAUCACGGGACUCACACCAGAGGAAGACCGUAUCUCAGGUGUUACCCAGCUUUAUAAUGUGGAUGAAGACAUCACCCAAUGUAUCAAUGCUCAUGCUGUGUGCUUUACACACUACAGAUUUGAUGAUAACCCACUUUCUUCGACUGUCUUCUGUGUGGCUUCGAGAGAUAUGCAAGAUAAAGGAAAAAUCCACGUGAUAGAGCUGGGACCCUACAAACAUGGAAAUUUUGCUCCCAGAAACAGUUACACAGAAAUUAGAUUUUCAGAUGACCUUGACCGAUAUGAUUUUCCAGUAACUCUACAGGUCAGUGGAGACUAUGGACUUUUGUAUGUUGUGACAAAAUAUGGAUACUUGUACUUGUGUGACAUGGAGACUGCUGCCUGCCUGUGUGUAACUCGAGUGUCCCCAGAGAUCAUCUUUACUUCUACCAUCAAUAGUGUUACACAAGGAAUUUUAGGGAUCACAAGAUCAGGAAGAAUCAUAAGUGUGGACAUCAAAAAAGAGGUUUUAUUAUCCCAGGUGCGUGAGAGUGCAAAAUGGGCAAACCAAGCAAGCCGACUCGAACGAGCAAUGGCCCGUAAUGAGGAAAAACGAACCCCCAGCAAACAAGUGCAUAAUAAUAACAACAAUUUUGGUGUUAUCUUGAACAACAAUACUAACCUAACUAGUAUUGGCCUGACUCAGUCCCCUAAGGCCAGUGGUUGUGCUAGCAAGGACAGUACUGGUAGCAGCAGUAGUAGCAGCAGUAGUUGUAGUAGUAGCAGCUGUGUCAUUAGUGAGGGAAAAACAUAA